ACCCUCCCCUUCUGCCAUCCUCACGACCAUCCACGCUGACCACGAUUCUUAUUUCUUCCAGUGCCUCUUCACUCACGAUCUGCACACGCUUCGCUGUCGCUGGAGCUGUUCCUAUUGCAUGAAUAGCAACCACACAUUGUCUCCACGACAUGAAGGAUCUUUCGAACAAACACACCCGAACCUCCAUUAUCUACCCAAGGAAGCGGCCGUCUCCCCAUGGCGUGUCCAAGAAGACACCGUUGCUCCCUGCUUAUGGUCCUUCUCGCAGGUCGCCUCGCUCCGCCAAAUCGGCCCUCAUUCUGCAACGCCAACGUGACAUACACACUCUCGCCCUUCGGCGAGAGGGUGUUCUGCUGGAAGACGAGUAUCGUGAUGAAAUAAGAGUCUACAUGCAUGAGAUGGAGCUCUUCACCAUGUCUUCGACCCAGUCCAUGGAUCAACAACCCGAGAUUCGAUGGCACAUGCGUCCCUGUCUCGUUGACUUUCUUGUGGAGGUUCACUUCAGCUUUAGGCUGCGGCCAGAAACGUUAUAUCUUGCGCUCAAUAUUGUCGAUCGUUACGUCUCUCGGCGGAUCGUAUAUAUCAAGCAUUAUCAGCUCGUCGGCUGCGCUGCUCUAUGGAUUGCCGCAAAGUUUGAAGAUGCCAAGGACCGUGUCCCUACGGUCCAGGAUCUCGUGCAGAUGUGCCACGACGCGUAUGAAGAGUCGGCCUUUAUCCAAAUGGAGGGUCACGUUUUAUCCACCAUUCAAUGGACCCUUGGCCAUCCGACGGCCGAAGCUUGGCUUCGGCUUAUGUGCUGCGGUCCUUGUCUGGAGGAAGCCAAAGUGCAGCAUGUCGCUCGUUUUCUCAUGGAGAUAACCCUCUUCUAUCGCGAAUUUGUCAGAUUUGCUCCCUCGUCUAUCGCCUUGGCUGCUCUUACCCUGUCACGGUUCGUCUGUGGUAAGCCGCGCCGUUUAUGGGAGGAAUCAGACGAGUGUUUGGAGGUGGUCGAGCUCCUGGAUACCCGUCUCGGAACGCAUGUCAACGACUUGUCGGAGACUUUGGUGAAGAAAUACUCGUAUGCUUUCUAUUCGAAAGCCGCUACAUUUGUCGUGCAGUACUAUUUGAAGGGAGGUCGCUUCGCUGGACAGACCUACUCGCCUUUCCCUGUGACUCCGACCCGUUCCGUCGCUCCAUCUGUUGUCAGCACUCCCAUGAGUGCCACAACGUCGGUGUCGGACACGUCCGAUGAUUUCCCCCUCACGCCGACGACACCUGCAGUGCUAUCCAGCGAGCCCUAUAUUACGAGUGAAUCCUUCAUGGAUUAUAACUCUGAUGACAAGGAGAAUGUACCCACAACUUUUGAGCCUAUCAUUAGUAAGCACAGGCCGGAUAGCCCUCUGGACCAAUAUCUCCCGCACGACUUUGUGACCUGUCGGCCAGCGCUGCAGAAUCGCAAUGUAUCGCCAAGAUUUGCAUUUCCAUAGCAGUCUUCUUCAAAGCCGCAACUGCGUCUGUAUUUCUCGUCAUCCCUUCCCGUCUUGUCUCCUUGUUCCAGUCCAAAAGUUU